AUGUCGUUGAUGACCGCAUCCGACCCACUCGGCGUCGAGCCUCGAGCACUUUUGGUGGACGAGCUGGAACCAGCAGCAGCGGCCUUGCCGUUUGUGGUCGUCGGUUUCCGCUUCUUGGUCAGCGAGUUGGGUCCAAGCAUCUCCUCCUGCAUCGGCGCUGAACCCUUGUUACCGACCGAGAGGAUCAUCGUCGCAGAUCCUGUACGUUCUGCUCGAGCAGCGAAUGCCGAUGCUGAUCCAGUUGGAGUAUCGCCUGCGGCCAUAGCCGCGGCCUUGCGCUCGUUCUCGAUCUUGCGCAGCCUCCGCUCCGUGUUCUUGGCACCGUUCGUCUUGCCAUGA